AUGUCCAAACCCUUCAAUUAUUUAAACUCAACUCAAGAAUUAAAAAACACAAUCAAAGAAGAAGUGGUAAUGUCAGUCUUUAAACCAGUUGAAACGUCAUUGUAUGAAGUAACAAUUUAUAAUGAGCCAACUGUUAUACAUUCUACUCCAAGUCCGAUGAUAGAAAUGUCAGAAAGUCGAGUUAUAAAAACACCAAAAAUUGUUAAAGCAAUUAUGCCAAAGAAAGGAAAGGGAAAAAGAUUUUGGAGUCCUGAAGAAAAGGCUUUUGCAAUUGAGAAAGCAAAACUAAUUGGAUUGUCUAAAGCAGCACGAGUUCUUCAAAAUGAUUAUUGUAAUGUUUAUGGUGAUUUAUCACCAAGUACUUUACAAUAUUGGGUUUCAAGAAAUAAAGAAAGUGUUUCUCAUUAA